AUGUCGCAAACAGCUUGUUUCCCUGUGGUCGAGUCGCUUCUGGACGUGACGAGAGAGCCGUAUGGAUCAAAUCGAGAAGCAUGGAAGCCGGUAAUGGAAGAGUUCUCCCAAAACCUAAGAAGGACGACGUCCGAAGGCAGUUCCCAGUCUACCGACAGACAUGAGAAGAGGGGACAAUUGCUGGCAAGAGACAGGAUAUCCCUGCUGUUAGACGCCGACUCGUCAUUUCUUGAAUUGGGCUCUUUUACCGGGUUCGACUUGGAGGACUCGAGCCCCUGCGCCAGUCUCUUGGCUGGCAUUGGAAGCAUCAGCGGCCGGAUCUGCCUCGUUCUCGCACACAUCGCAACACAGAGCGGCGGCGCGUGGAACGAGUUAACGGUGAUCAAACAAAACAGAGUGACGGAAAUCGCCAACGAGAACGACCUACCACUCGUCGCCCUUGUGCAGUCAGCAGGAGUCUUUCUUCCUCAGCAGUUUCGCGUUUUCCACAAGGGCGGACAGAUUUUCCGUGAUCUCGCUUUGCGAACUCAGAAUCAACAGGCUUCCUGUGCAAUUGUUUUCGGCUCUUCUACAGCAGGCGGCGCGUACCAUCCUGGGCUCUCAGAUUAUACCAUCUUUGUGGAAAAUCAAGCGCAGGUAUUUCUCGCGGGUCCCCCUCUAGUUAAAAUGGCUACCGGCGAAAAUAUCGACGCGGAGCAGCUGGGAGGGGCUCGAGUUCACGGAACUGUUACCGGCCUUGCGGAUCAAAUUGCUUUUGACGAAUUUGAUGCGGUCCGGAAGGCUCGUGAAUGGGUCAGCACACUAUCCGCCCGGAGUCGACCAAUGCAGCCAAUGCGUCCUCCGCUUGCUCCGCGUUAUCCGAUCGAGGACAUAUUUUCCAUCGUCAAUCCCGACGUCCGGAAACCUUUUGAUAUGAAAGAGGUGGUUCUUCGGUUGGUCGACGAUUCACGCUUAGCCAUGUUCAAGCCAGAAUAUGGCAGUAAUCUGUUGACAGGAUGGGCCAACAUCAUGGGCAUGCUUGUUGGGUUGAUCGCCAAUCAGACGCCCAUCAUCAACCCAGAUGAAGCAUCGAAAGGAACGCAAUUCAUUCGCAUGUGUAACCAACAAAACACCCCAAUUAUCUUCCUGCACAACGUAACGGGCUUUAUGGUCGGCUCGAAGGCUGAGCAUGCAGGCAUCAUCAAAAAGGGGGCGCAAUUUGUAUCUGCGGUUAGUUGUUCAAAGGUUCCGCAUAUUUCCAUCAUCUUGGGGGCAUCAUAUGGAGCAGGUAAUUAUGCCAUGUGUGGAAGGUCAUAUCGGCCUCGCUUCCUGUUCACCUGGCCAACUGGACGGUGCAGCGUAAUGGGACCUGAGCAGCUGUCUGGAGUUAUGGCUCAGGUUGAAGCCAACAGUGCCCGGAGCAAGGGAGUCGUGCUCAAGCCCGAGGAAGUGGAAGCCAGAGUGCAGCGUCUGCAAAAGGAGGUCCAAAGGGAUAGCAGCGCGUAUCGGACGAGCGCGUACAUGCUUGAUGAUGGAGUGAUUGACCCCCGAGAUACUCGUGACGUGCUUGCAAUGUGUUUAGAAGUUGUACAAACACCACCAGUGCAAGGAAGUGCAGGACACCGAGCGUUGGCCAGGAUAUGA